AUGGCUGCGUCUAUGAACCGUCCGCAGCACCGGGGGGCAGGCAUCGCGUCACUAUCGGGGCCCCGUUUUUACAUCCACCGCAUUCCUCUGUCCCCCACUCCCACCCGGACCCUGUGGCACUCAUGCGUCCGCGUCCGUGAGCGUCCAGCCCGGCUCUCCUCUGCCAGCAGCGCCUCUCUGACAUGGGAUGAUAUGUCUCCGCAGAAGAAUACAGGAGGUGUUGUAGCGAUUGCCUUAGUGCUGGUGUGUGUGGCGGCGCGGGGACAGGCCGUGGACGUGCGGUGUGAAAGCGCCUACAGAGGCUUCUCCGAGUGCGUCCUGGAGCUCGGACAGAGUCUGGACAACCAGCAGGAGAACGUGACCAGCGAGAGCGGCGUGGCGGCGGUCUGCGAGUAA